AUGAAGCGCUUCCUGGGUUCUUUGAGUAGGCGCUCGAGUGAGUUCCUCGUCUCCACGCUCCCAGCAACUUCACUAAUCAAUCUAGGCUCAAGCGACAGUGUAGACCACCGCGACGACUCACCAGAAGCCAUAAUCGCAAAAGAAUUGACUGCAUUCUGCGAAUCAAACAGUUCCUCUCGCGACGCGAACCAACAAGGGAACGAAUUCGUCCACCUCCCUCAAAUAGUCGAAACAGCCGAAUCAAGCCCCAAUGCCGCCAAAGAAGCCGCCUACCGAAUCCGCAAAUACCUCGCCGACCCAGCCGGAACCCCAAACAACGUCCAAUACAAUGCCCUCAUGUUGACCCGCAUCCUAGUCGACAACCCUGGCCACACUUUCACCCGCAACUUCGACGCGAAAUUCGUCUCCACGAUCAAGGAGCUCCUCCGCGCUGGUCGCGACUGGCACGUGCAGAGCUACCUCCGCCAGUACCUGGAUACACUUGAGCAACAGCGCAGCUGGGAUGAGGACCUGAAACUCCUGCUGCAGAUGUGGACGAAGGAAAAGUCGAAGCCGCAGCGUGGACUGAUUGAUCGCUUUCCUAUGGCUUCUGGCGUUGCACCGCCCGUCCCUCCGCAUCCGAAUCCGCACCGUAAUGCCUAUGCAGGUGCGCGUGCGCAAGAUGCUGCUCGACCGCCCUCGAAUGCACUGCCCAACGCGGAAGAAUUAGCAGCGCGCAUCGAAGAAGCGAAGAACUCGGCUAAGCUGCUCUCGCAAUUCGUGCAGUCGACGCCGGCGGCGGAGCUGGAGGAUAAUGAUCUCGUGAAGGAGUUUGUGGAUCGGUGCCGCACCGGUUCGAGGCUCAUUCAGGGGUAUAUUCAUUCGACGAAUCCUGCGCCUGAUGAGGAUACACUGUUGACGCUUAUCGAGACCAACGAUGAGAUUUCUGUUGCUUUGUCGCAGCAGCAGCGGGCUAUGCUGAAGGCGCGCAAGGCUCGGGGGUCUUCGUCGCCUGGUUCUUCGAAUGUCAAUUCGCCUGAGCCCACGUCUCAGCCUUUGCCUUUUGCUUCUGGGGCUGCGGCGCCGAGGGAGCAGCCUUUGCCUCCGGUGCCUGUUGCUGCGGAGUUGCCGUCUACUGCUAUGACUGGUGGUAGAAUGUCGAGUGCAACUGCUACUCCUACUGCUACGGCAGCCCCUGGUAAUGCGGGCCGGUAUGAGUACAGGUCUGAGGAUUUCCAGGUUCAGAAUCCUUUUGCUGAUGACUACGCGGAGGAUUCUGAUGGGAGGAAUCAGCAUCAGUCUCAGAGAGAUCGGGUGCAUUUCCAGCCUGCUGAGCAGGAGCGUUGA